GGCAGGCUGCAAGUCCCAGGACUCCCCCAAAGCCGGCGCCCUCGAGAGCGCAGUUUCCGAGCCUGCGGGUAGCCCCGGCAGUCCCUGGGGCGCAUGGGGCGGCGCUAAUCGUUCUGGCGGCGCAGGCCAGGGGCCGCUCCAACAUGAACCUCGUGGGCAGCUACGCACAUCAUCACCAUCAUCAUCAUCACCAUCACCACCCGCACCCCGCGCACCCCAUGCUGCACGAGCCCUUCCUCUUCGGCCCGGCCUCGCGCUGUCACCAGGAGCGGCCUUACUUUCAGAGCUGGCUGCUGAGCCCAGCUGACGCUGCCCCGGACUUCCCCGCUGGGGGGCCACCGCCCACAGCCGCAGCAGCUGCCACCGCCUACGGCCCAGACGCCAGGCCCGGCCAGAGCCCCGGGCGGCUAGAGGCGCUCGGCGGCCGCCUGGGUCGACGGAAAGGCUCGGGACCCAAGAAGGAGCGGAGACGUACAGAGAGCAUCAACAGCGCCUUUGCUGAGCUGCGCGAGUGCAUCCCCAACGUGCCGGCAGACACCAAGCUUUCCAAGAUCAAGACUCUGCGCCUGGCCACCAGCUACAUCGCCUAUCUGAUGGACGUGCUGGCCAAGGACGCUCAGGCCGGCGACCCCGAGGCCUUCAAGGCUGAACUCAAGAAGGCCGACGGCGGCCGCGAGAGCAAGAGGAAAAGAGAGCUGCAGCAGCAGCACGAAGGCUUUCCUCCUGCUCUGGGCCCAGGCGAGAAGAGGAUUAAAGGGCGCACCGGCUGGCCGCAGCAAGUGUGGGCGCUGGAGUUAAACCAGUGAGCCGAGGCCCGCGCCAAGGACCCGGCCACGGCUGGUCGACCCCGGAGCCGGGGAGGAAAGGAAGGUAGCGGCGACUGCCAGACUCUGGGUCCCAGCGGCUUGUGGGGACGCAACCCGCUGAGCCUCUGCUGCGCUGGCACGUCGCUGGCUGCAACUACAUACUUGGAUCGCACGUGCAAUGUCAUUUGAAAUCGUUUUUAAUACAUAAAGAGAAAGAGAAAUAUAUAUAUACCCGCUUCCCUAACCAAGAGGGCCACCCUUGAAGGCACCAUGCAGGAGGGAGGGAUGGCGAGACCGAAGCACGCGAAGAUGCAUCCCUCUGACCCAUGUGGGGCGAAUUUAAAAUCCUCAAGGCCAGCCGCACCCCGCUGUUUGGCUCUCUUUCUCUCUCGUCUCCCUCUCUGCUUUGCCUCAAAACUCUCGGGCCCCUUCUUCCCUUAUUAAAAGGCAAUAAGAGGAAUCAAUAGUUUCUGCCCUGGAAAGAGAAUCAAACGCAAGAAGGGGGGAGGCCGCCUUUUUUUUUGUUGUUGUUCUCCCUCAAACUGGUGUUUUUAUUUUGUUUUUGUCUCUGCACUUCCUACUUAGUUCCAAGGGAAACGCUUUUUUUUUCUUUUUUCUUUUGUAAAUAAAAACUUUCCCCCUUGUUGGAAAGUUUUUAUGUAUUUAAACUACCUAUCGUGCCUGCUGCGCUCAGGUGUUUGUUUAUCGCCCCGUCCCUACCCUUUUUCUACCUCAAAUCUGUAUGACCACUCACUGCCCCUCCCUUGAUCAAAGCAGCAUCUAUGCUCUUGACUAAUAAAAUGUUUUCUGAAA